UUCAGCUCGGCUAAUUGCCCAUAUACCUUCUAUAUGCCAACAAAAAUAAUGACAAAUGGUAAGACCUUCAAUGACCCCAUUGCUCAACCAAUUUUCAAAGUAUCCAACCGUUGGAAAUUGGAACUCCCAGAUCAGAGAAGCUGUCAACAAUGGCUACUCUCACAAAGCCCUUUUACUCUUUCGCCAAUUGAAACAAACUGAUUCAUCCCCAGAUAAUCUGACCUUUCCCUUUGUUGCUAAAGCUUGUGCAAAGAUUUCAGACCUUAAACUAUCUCAAUCAAUUCAUGCCCAUGUUUUCAAAUCACCCUUUUGGUCGGAUAUUUUUGUUGGUACUGCAGUUAUCAAUAUGUAUGUUAAAUGUAACGAAUUGGAUUUUGCACACAAGGUGUUCGAGAAAAUGCCUAAAAGAGAUGUGACUUUGUGGAAUGCAAUGCUUCUGGGUUUUGCUCAGUUGGGUUCUGUGGAUAGAUUUUUAGUACUUUUUAGGGAAAUGAGACUGCUGGGGUUUGUCCCUGAUUUUAUCACUAUCAUAGGAUUGACACAAUCUGUUGUUGAGUUGAAGGAUGUUAAUCUGGUUAAAGGUGUUCAUGCAUUCGGAAUUCGUGUUGGGAUGUUGAAUGAUGUUUCUUUGGUUAAUACUUUGAUUUCUUGUUAUAGUAAAUGUGGGGACUUGGUUUCUGCUGAGGGCAUGUUUGAUGGAAUAUACUCUGAAUCGAGGACAAUUGUUUCGUGGAAUUCUCUGAUUGCUGGACAUGCUUUAGUCGGGAAUUAUUAUAAUACAUUACAUUUAUACCGGUGCAUGUCUAAUGAUGGACAUAAACCUGAUAUAAGCACAUUUCUAAGUCUUUUAUCUUCGUGUGUGCUGCCUGAUGGUUUAUCUCACGGCAAGCUAAUUCAUUCCCACGUGAUUCAGUUUGGUUGCGAGUAUGAUGUUGCUGUGGCCAACACAUUACUAACAAUGUACUCGAAGUGUGGAGAUAUUGAUUCAGCAUGGCACUUGUUUCAGUUUAUGACAUAUAAAACAUGUAUCUCCUGGACCGCAAUGAUAAGUUGUUAUGCAGUGACAGGAUGUUUAGACAAGGCAUAUUCCUUGUUUUUGGAUAUGGAAAGGGCAGGUGAAAAACCUGAUGUUGUCACUCUUCUAUCUUUGCUGUCAAGCUGCGGUCAAACAGGUUCGCUUGAACUUGGCAAAUGGCUUGAUGAUUAUGCCUGUUCUAACGGGCUUAGAGGUAAUGUUAUGGUGUGUAACUCAGUUGUUGACAUGUAUGCUAAAUGUGGACAUGUCGAUAAAGCUAAAGAAGUAUUUUACUCAAUUCCUUCAAAAACAGUUGUCUCUUGGACCACAAUGAUCUCUGGGCUUGCAUUAAAUGGAGAAUUUAUAGAGGCUUUGGAGCUUUUCUACAAAAUGGUUGAGCUAGGUUUGAAACCAAACCACAUAACAUUUCUUGCCAUUCUACAAGCCUGCAUUCACGCAGGUUUCCUGGAUAAAGGAAUGGAGUAUUUUGAUCUGAUGACCAGAGUAUAUAAUUUAAAUCCUGGGUUGGAGCAUUACUCCUGCAUGAUUGACCUUCUUGGGCGCAAGGGAAAGUUCAAAGAAGCAUUAGAGUUCAUCAAAAGCAUGCCCUAUGACCCUGACGCUGCCAUAUGGGGUGCAUUGAUCAAUGGCUGUAAAAUACACAAAAAUGUUGAGAUUGGUGAGCAUGUUGCUUAUCAUCUAUGUCGACUGGAGCCUCAAGCUGCUGUUUCCUAUGUGGAAAUGGCAAAUAUGUAUGCUUCAGCAGGAAAAUGGGAUGGUGUAUCUAAAGUUAGAGAACUAAUGAAAUGCAACAAAGUGAAGAAAUUUCCUGGGCAAAGCCUUAUCCAAGUUGGUGGAAAGAAUCACAUAUUUGGUGUGGAAGAAAGAUGUCAUCCAGAAGGUUCACUAAUAUAUGAAGUCCUAGACGUAUUGGCCUUCCAGAUGAAAAAACAUGAAACUUCUUACCUUUAUGAAGACCUUCCUGAACAUGAAAUAUAUCUGCAAGAUUUUUUGGUAGCUUGAUUGUUCGAUAAGUAUCAGUGCUCUGAUGGUACAAGUUUAAGUGCCUGAAGAAACAAUUGAUUGAAAGUUUUUUGGGAAAGCCGUGGCAUGGUGUAACCAGUGCUUUCACAGUUGGAAGCUUGUCUAUAGCUAUGCUUUCAUUGAGCAUCUCACACUUUGUUGUGUGUUUUAAUUUGGAGCUUUAGCCACUUAGCUACCAUGUCGGAGAUUUGCUGUUACUAUACUCUUCUGCUUCUCUGUAAAUGCAGGAUGUCUGAAAAUAUAUGUACAAACCAAACAGAAAAUUGAAUUUUGGUAGUACAUAAAUUGCUUCCGUUUUUAUUGAA